GCUCUUUUACUAUUCCGUACAAAACCCAAAACAAAAACAGCCAACAUUUUUUUAAAUUAUUUCCCUUUAAUUUCAACUUCAAUCGUUUUUCAUUGAAAUAAAUGUUUAAAUACAUAAAUCAAAAAUUAGCAUGGUCAAUUUUACGGUCAAUGGGUUUUCCAAAUUCAAAUUUACAUUAAAUGCCUCCAUGAUGGUAGGUUACGACCACGCUUUUACUUUUGGGUCUUGGUCUUCGAGUGACCGCGUACCCUACAGAACGGUCAUGCGUGAGUUGAUGUUUAAUAAAGGUUAAUGAGUAUUAAAGGACCACGUUGAAAAGAUGUCAUCGAUUAUUUUGCCAAUUCGACGACCUUGGUGGAAAUCGACGUGGACCAAUGGCAUUUUAUAACCUUACGUUGUUAUACUUUAUGAAAUUCGUCGUUAUGCCGCUUGAUUGGGUUUAUUGGACUCAGUGAAAGGUCAGUAGAACGCUUACCCACCGGUCUCUCUGGGAAAACCCCGAUCCUAGAACUGCCGAAGUGCUCGAAAGCUUUUUCGACAAUCGUCCUAUACCGACAACCUACCCACUGAUGUCCCAGCUCAGGAAAAGGAAAGGCGGUGGUAUCCUGGAUAUGCCGGAAGUUGAGGACUUGCCGGAUCUUCGGGGAGACAGGACCAACAUCAUCCUCCUCGUCCUGCUCUACGUCUUGCAGGGGGUCCCACUCGGCCUCACGGCUGCCAUACCUUUCAUCUUGCAGAAUCAAGGGGCGUCCUACACUCAACAGGCUGAAUUCAGUUUUGCCCUGUGGCCUUUUUCUCUGAAGCUCUUGUGGGCACCUCUAGUCGAUUCGCUCUACAUAAAAAAAUUCGGGAGGCGGAAAACAUGGCUCGUCCCUGCACAAUAUUUGAUCGGCAUCUCCAUGUUGUUCAGCUCAAUGAAUAUUGACAGUUGGUUGGGCAAUGUCGAGACGAAAGAGAACCCUCAGAUCAUGCUCUUGACGGUUCUAUUUUUCAUCAUGAACUCCUUAGCAGCGACACAAGACAUCGCGCUGGACGGCUGGGCGCUCACGAUGCUCAAAAAAGAAAAUAAAAGUUACGCAUCUACGUGUAAUAGUGUAGGACAGACUACGGGCUAUUUUUUAGGCUAUGUUGUAUUCAUCGCCUUGGAAAGUGCUUCUUUUUGUAAUUCUUAUUUGCGUUCUGAGCCUAAAGAUGUUGGAAUAAUCACUUUACCUGGAUUUAUGUUUCUCCUUGGUAUAUCUUUUUUGGUGGUCACUACACUAAUUGCAGUAUUUAAAAGUGAAAAGUAUGAACCGCUCAGAAUGGGUGUAUCAUCUUCAGAAGCGAUUUUAUCUAGUUACAGGCUCCUUAUUAACAUCCUGUGCCUUCCGAAUGUAAAAUUUUUCGCCUUUGUGCUACUAACUGCUAAGAUUGGCUUUGCUGCUUGUGAUGGUUUGACAGGCUUGAAACUGAUGCAGGGUGGAAUCCCUAAGGAAAAACUUGCAAUUUUGGCUGUUCCACUCGUGCCACUGCAGAUCGUACUUCCUAUAGUGGUAGCGAAAUUCAAUGAACCUGGAAAACCUCUUAACCUUUAUUUUAAAGCAAUGCCAUAUCGGCUGUAUUACAAUUUUGUAGCUGCAUUGUUUGUAUUUAUAACUCCAAAGUUAGUUGGCCAAGAUGGAAUGCCAACAAUUUAUUAUGUCGCAGUUCUAAUCGUACUAGGUGUACAUAGUUCGAUCAUGACAGUAAUGUACGUCCAAAUUAUGUCAUUUUUCGCCAUCAUAUCAGACACAGCUGCAGGAGGCACUUAUAUGACUUUAUUCAAUACACUGUGCAACCUCGGCGGCACUUGGAGUUCGACAUUGGCCCUUUGGCUUGUAGACUAUGUCACGCUGAAGAGUUGCUCGACGUCGGGUCUCGACUGUUCGACGGAGGCCACGCUCAAAGUCUGCGACACACAAGGCGGGAAGUGCCAUACAUGGUUGGACGGGUAUUACAUCGAAACGUUCAUUUGCUCGUUGAUCGGUUUCAUAUGGUACAGAUGGGGACGGAGGUCGGUUAAAAACAUUCAAGACGAACCGUUGGAAACCUGGAAAGUUAAAUCUUACUCGAGUUUAUAACGAUGAAACCGUCUGAAAUCAUUCAUGGCUGUGACAACGUUGUUUGAUAAAAAAAUUUCUGUCUCGUUUUUCUUUUUUCGUUGAAAAUAUUUUGAACAUAUAUAUUUGUAACUUUUAUAUUAUCACUUAUUUAUAUUUAAUCUUAAAAUGUGAUAUGUUUAUCAUGAGAAGUAUUUUCGUUGCUGGUUUAUGUUUUUAAUAAUGUUAACUACUUGUGAGUAAGCUUUAACAUUAACUUAUUGCCCACAUUUGUUCAAUUUGUACGAUUUGAAAAUGCUGCUAGAAACAAAGCUAAUUUGCACAAAAAUCUGCUAAAUAUCAAAUUAAGAAAUUGACAAUAUGGAAAUUUUUUUCCAGCUUAGAUUUAUUCUGUGGAAUUUCUAAAAUAAAUUCUGGAAGAGACUUUAAUUAAUUUUA